CUGAGCGAUGGAUUACUACAAGUACUAUGUGAUCUGCGUUGUCGCGCUGGCGGGGGAGUGGACACUGGUCGGUGGUGUCCUCAAUGUCACCAUCGUGUCGUUCGGGUUCCCGGGUGGGGCGGAGUUUAUCUCCUCGGCGUAUUCCGCACCAGCGAUGGAUGUGGCGGUGCAGGAUGCCAUGCGGCUGUAUAAUCGCACGCUGAACAUGGAGAUAACGUAUCUGGAUAAUCGCGGGAUGCGGGAUUGUAACGGUGUGACGGCGCUCAGUGAGCCGCUGCUGGCGGAGUGGUAUUAUAAGCAACGAAUCAGCGGUAAUGUCAACGCGCUUAUUGUUCCAGGUUGCGUGACGGAUAACACUAUCGGGCAUCUGGUUAGCAACUGGGAUAUGCUGCUGAUUACAACCGCUUCCUCCAACGGGAAUGCCCAGGACGUCAUCAAGCGGCCCACCUGGAUCACCACGGCCUUCAUCUCCACCGGCGCCUAUAUCGAAGUAUACCUGGAUCUGCUGCACAUGUUCCAGUGGCGCAGCGUCAUGGUCAUCACGGACCGCGACAGUCCCCCGGUGUACGGGGCCGUGGCGCGGAAGGUUAUCGCGGGGAUCAGCGGGAUUCUUGGGUACUCCGUCAGCCAGAAGGAGAUCUUCACCCGCGACAACGCGACGAUGUUACGCUUUCCUACAUUGCUCAGAGAUUUCUCGAGAAUUAGCCGCGUUAUGCUAAUCUUCGGCCGUGGACCAGUAGUUCGAAAUCUCUUGAUAUCGGCUGGCAAACUGAACAUGACCAACGGCGAAUACGUGUACGUGGCGAUGGAGCCGUUCCGCAACCGAUUAUACGGACGCAUGGAUUGGCAGUACAACGAUACCGAUGACCCGAUGGCGCGUGAGGCUUUUCGCAGUCUGCUCUUAGUUCAACCGGCCGAUUCCUUAAUUCCGCAGCCGGAGAAAAAUCGCCGUUUCAGUGUACAGGUUCUCAACCGCUCGGAAACCGCCUACAAUAAUAGCUACCAGCUAAAGGAUCAGCCGUUUCCCAUAAUAGCCGCUGGCUACUCAGCUGUGAUGGCGUUGGCGCAGGUGUUGAAUAAUUUGGUAGUCGGAUUACCGGGUUUCGAUUUCUCCAAAGGCGCCCUAAUUGCUCAGGAAUUCCUCGGCCGAUCUUUUCCGACACGUGCUGAGGAUGUUUACUUCAAUGAGGCCGGAGAGCGCCGCACCGAUAUGGUUGUCAGCUACUGCAAUGGAUCAGAAAGUUUUACGCCGAUACUGAUAAAGCGCAAAGCGGAAGAUCACCUCCUAGCGAUAAAUAACGUAACCUGGCCCAACGGCGUUUGGCCGCCUCCCAACGAACCGAAGUGCGGAUAUUUCGGACAGAAAUGCGUCAGUCUUGAAGCGCAAACCGCAUUCUGGAAUACGGUGAAAGGCGUGGGUUUUGGAGUCUUCGGCGCCAUUGCUGUUAUCUUCACUGUCGUCUUAUACCGAAUGCGACGGAAUCUACAAGAAAAGAUGCUGAAAGACGUCUGGUGGCGCAUCGAUAACAGCCAGAUGACCUUAGUGCCGGCAUCCACGCUGCGAUCGACACGCCGUCGGGCCCUCAUGUCACAAUCCUUGAACCAACGCCCCGUGGCGGCCGCUGACGACACUAAAGCAUUGGCGAAAAACAGCUUUCCAGCGCAAUAUAAAGGCGCUCUGGUCCAGCUAACGGUUAUCGCCGCCAUCCAGGAUUACUCCGAUGUCAGCCAGGCGUUUACCUCGACCGCGUUGUUAGCUCUUUUAAAAAAGUUGCGUGGCAUUUCGCAUUACAAUGUCUGUACAUUCAUGGGCAUCACGGUUCUGCCGCAAACCAUGAAAUACGCUAUCGUCGCCGAGUACGCGGAACGCGGGUCGGUCUAUGAGCUGUUCGAAUCGUGUCUUCCUAUGGAAUCCAACUUUAUCAUGUCGUUCGUUGUCGAAUUAUCGCAAGGAUUGUCGUAUAUCCACUCUUCGUCGUUAAUGUACCACGGCAAUCUAUCCUCGACAACGUGUUUAAUCGACAAGCACUUUACGUUGAAAAUCUCCGAAUUGGCUUAUGACAAAAUCAUCCAUAUAUUUUCCGGGGAACGAUCAGCGUCCCGCAAGAAACCGGAGAACCGAGCGGAUGCCAUCGGCAAACAAAAGCCGAUAUCCUGGCGGAAGCCACGGUGAUCUAUGAGAUCUUCAGCCAGCGGAAUUUACCGUUGUCAAAACGAAGAGUAUCGUUUUUACAAGAGUUAAUAUCAACGUCCGAUAACGCGGACGGUUUACUAAGGAGAUUUCGCCCGUUGCUGAAAUCCUGUUACGACCACGACCCGCUGAACCGGCCAACGGCCAGGAAGAUCCAGAUGGAAGUGGUCAAAUGGUCCAAUUA